AUGACCGAAAGAGCCAAGAGACUGACGACAAAGCUGAAGAAAGAAUUUGGCAGUAUACCAGAAAGGGAAGCUGAGUUCACACAGACCUGUCUCCAAGCAGGCGAUUCGGAGUGGGACGUUACUUGGAAGUAUCAUCUGACGGUCCACGACUACAACAAGAAUCGUCCGCUUGCUCGCGUGCUACAUCGUAUAUGCAAAGAAGAAAUCGGAGAAUGCCAAGAAAUCACGGAAGAAAUGAUCUGGAAGUGGCUUGCAUUGGACACCUGGACUGAUCUCCAAGUAAAAGCAAAAUACCAACAGGAGUUCGAUAAGGCGCAACCCGGAGUACGUCGAGCGAAGAAAUUACUGGCCGAGAUGAGACGCGAUCUAGGCGAUUGUCAUAUGGUCGGCGAGCUAAAGAUACUCGGCUACGUCAAACUCAACUUGACAGAGAAGUUUAUCAGGACAAAGUACAGGGGUUACAUCGAGCGAGCAAAGGCCAUAAGGCGAGCGGAAGCCUUACAGUACCGUCUAGGCGACGAGGUGUCUCGCGAACUGAAUGUGUCAGUCUCUGAGCUACUGGUGCAUUUCAACAACAAUCUCGAGGACGAUGACAUCGUGGAUGACUAUAAGAGUAAGGCACGGGAGUCUUAA